CACCAAUCUAAUAAUUUCAAUUGUUUAGGAGCGAAGAAAGCCCUCAGCCACCACCAACCCUUUCAGAGUCUUCCAUUGGAUGCUUUUGCUGGAUGGACGGCGCUGCCAACGGAUGCAACCGGCAACCACAAACGAACUUCAAGAACCUUUUCUUUUCUUUUAUUCUUCUUCAUACUUGAUACUUGUAGGGGAAGUGGAAGAACUUUAAUUGCUGUUCCUCCCCUUUUCGGCUAAUUAAUACAAUUAUUGUUGUUGUUAUUAUUAUUAUUCCCAAUUUCCGUUCCCCCUCCCUCCUCCGCCAUCUGUCGCUGCCUUUCCCUCCUUUUUCGGACCGCUCGGUGGCGCACAGCAUCGGAACAAUUUCCCUCCUCAAUUAUUCACUCAGGAUUCGUCAAAGAGCCCUGUGAUUGUUGCAUAUUUGGGUUUCAGUGAUGGAUAAGAAGGAAGCGACGGGGAGCCCUGGUUGGGGCGCUUCACUUUUCCUGCAGACGACCGAAGAUGUUGCAACCGAUGAGGGCGGCAGUCCACUACAGAGACUGCAGCGUCAAGUUAAUAAAGUGCUUCAAGGCUUUUCAAGUCCUCCUCAACUCAAAACUCCAGGAACCUAUAAUCCUGAACUUCUCACAACCCAAAAGCGUCAGUGGGCGAACUUUCAGUUGCACUACUUGGACCAUCGAUCUCAGAAGGAGCCAAGUAGGAUAUUUGAGAGCAUGGUUGUUGUUGGCCUUCAUCCUAAUUGUGAUAUUCAGGCACUUCAGGAGCAAUAUGUUGCAAGGAAGUCAGAAGCUCAUAUUGAACCACAGGUCCUAUUUGUGUACCCUCCAGAGAAGCAGUUGCCGCUCAAAGACAAGGACCUUCUUUCAUUCUGCUUUCCAGGAGGUGUGGAGGUUCACGCUGUUGAAAAAACUCCUUCCAUGAGUGAGUUGAACGAGAUUCUUCUCGGGCAGGAACACUUCAAACAAAGUGACCUCUCAUUUGUAUUCCGCUUACAGGUUGCUGAUGAUUCGACAUUGUAUGGAUGCUGUGUUUUAGUUGAAGAAUUAGUGCAGAAACCAUCUGGGUUGCUUUCUGUUUCUGAAAAAGCACUAUCCUACUCAUCCUUGAGUCGUUACGUACUAACCACACGCAGAUGCUAUUGCAUCCUAUCUCGCUUACCAUUCUUCGAAUUACAUUUUGGUGUGUUGAAUAGCAUCCUCACUGAAGAAAGGCUGGAAAGAUUAACAAAAGGUAUUGGUGUUUUGAAUUUGGAAUUCACAGAGAAUUUGAGCAUUGAAGAAGAUUUGGUAGAAGACAUAGGUUGCAUGACCUUGGAUCAGAAUGCAGCUGAAGACAUGUCUGAGGGAAAAGAGGAAGAUUCACAAAGAACGAUGGGAGAUGAAAAUCAUCAAGAUCAUCAAAUAUCAAAGGGCAUUAGUGAGGAUAUCGAUGUUGUUCAUAAGGAAACUCGUGAUAUCAAUGUUGAUGAUUUUACAAGAAACAAGCAGGCAACUGAUAGGCGUUUACCAAAUGCUGUUCUACCUCUCCUCCGUUAUUAUCAAUACGAAAGCUCUGAAUCGUCCUCGAGUUUUCAGGGGUCUCCAAGUGAAGACAGAAACUUCAGGAGUGAUGCUGAUGACACAGAGACAGAGGAAGCAUCUUUCUCCGGCCAGGAUGAUUCCACUGACCUACUUGAUAUUCUUGAAAGUGCCAAGAAAAAUAAGAAAGGAUCGUUACAAAUCAUAUGCGAGUAUUACGAGUUGCAUUACCCUGGUAGGGGAUGUUCUGUUAAGUUUCAUCCUUUGGAGCACCUGCAUCCCAUGGAAUAUCAUAGAUCAGGUGAAACAGUUCUGCAUGUUGCUGGCUCAACCAUUGAUCCAAGAUCAUGUAGUACAAGUCUUGAAUUAGCUGAGGCACAAGGUGCUCUCAUGGUAGAGGAGGAAGCAAAUGCCUUGUCAAUAUGGACUGUUGCAAGCAUUUGUGGUUCUUUACGCCUAGACCAUAUCUUAUCCAUUUUAGCUGGAGCACUGCUGGAGAAGCAGAUUGUGAUUGUCUGUUCUAAUUUGGGCAUCCUAUCAGCUUCAGUUUUAUCGAUUAUCCCUAUGAUUCGUCCCUACCAGUGGCAAAGCUUGCUGAUGCCAGUGUUGCCAAAUGACAUGCUGGACUUUUUGGAUGCCCCUGUUCCUUACAUUGUUGGUGUGAAGAGUAGAACCAGUGAAGUACAGUCAAAGUUAACCAAUGCAAUUUUGGUUGAUGUGAACAAGAACCAGGUGAAGGCCCUGACAAUACCAGAGCUGCCAAAACAAAAGGAGUUAUUCGCAUCGUUAAGACCAUAUCAUGCAGAGCUAGUUGGAGAGAGUUAUUUAGGAAGAAAGAGGCCUGUGCAUGAAUGCACUGAUGUCCAGGUUGAAGCUGCCAAGGGUUUCCUCAAAGUGCUAAGAUUGUACUUGGACUCUCUCUGCUCUAACCUCCGUUCACAUACAAUUACUAAUGUACAAUCGAACGAUGAUAAGGUAUCCUUACUCUUGAAGGAGAGCUUCAUCGAGUCGUUCCCAAGUCACGAUCGGCCAUUUUUGAAGGUUUUUGUGGAGACACAGUUUUUCUCUGUACAUACGGACCUCGUUCUCUCUUUCUUCCAGAAGGAAUGAUCCCCGCUGCCACAUGAACGCAAGUUCAUUCAUGUAUAAUAAUUUAUUAUAUACUACUCGAAAUUAUGCUUUUUUAUUUUCUUCAAUCCAUAAGUUCCAAUUUUCCUCAUACUCCUCUUGGGUUUCUUUGUUUCCCAGACAUUUCUACAACAUUGUGGCUUUAUUUAUAGUUUAGCCCUUCAAGAAAUCUAUAAGUCAGAUAGUGAAAGAGCAAGAAUGAUAUUUAUCA